AUUUCCAAAGCCCUAAACCAUCGUCACAUGUACAGAAACUAAGAACGGACAAAACACUCGAAGAGUUCCAAAACCAGAGCCAUUUCUCUCCCGGAAUGGCUGGUCCUCUACUUCUCCGUUCACUCUGGUCCACCUCCAAGAAAUCAUUCUCCUCAUCGCCGUCUUCGUCUCACAUCAAAUCCUAUCUGUCAACCGCGCGCUUUUUGUCCACCGCCGCCAAUGCUGCCUUAACUCCAAAUCCGGCGUUGGACCCUAGCCGUCUCCGCAACGUAGCAGUUAUAGCGCACGUUGACCACGGCAAGACUACGCUUAUGGACAGGCUUUUACGACAGUGCGGCGCUGAUAUCCCGCACGAGCGCGCCAUGGACUCCAUCAGCCUCGAGCGUGAACGUGGUAUCACCAUCGCCUCUAAGGUUACGUCGAUAUCAUGGAAGGAAAAUGAACUAAACAUGGUUGAUACACCUGGACAUGCUGAUUUUGGUGGUGAAGUUGAGCGGGUUGUUGGCAUGGUGGAAGGAGCAAUUUUAGUUGUAGAUGCUGGUGAAGGUCCACUUGCACAGACAAAGUUUGUUCUUGCCAAAGCCUUGAAAUAUGGGCUGCGUCCCAUUCUUCUUUUGAACAAAGUUGACAGACCUGCUGUUUCCGAGGAGAGGUGUAAUGAAGUUGAGAGUCUGGUUUUCGACCUAUUUGCAAAUCUUGGUGCCACAGAGGAACAACUAGAUUUUCCUGUUCUCUAUGCCUCUGCUAAAGAAGGAUGGGCAUCUUCCACCUUUACCAAAGAUCCUCCAGCUGAUGCAAAGAACAUGUCUCAGCUGCUUGAUGCCGUCAUAAGACAUGUUCUUCCACCCAAAGCAAGCCUUGAUGCACCAUUCCAGAUGCUGGUUACAAUGAUGGAAAAGGACUUUUAUCUUGGGCGGAUAUUGAGUGGACGCAUUGCUUCUGGAGUCAUUUAUGUUGGUGACAGAGUACAUGGACUACGUAUCACUGAUUCUGGGACUGAGAAAAUCGAAGAAGGAAAGGUUCUGAAGCUAAUGAAAAAGAAAGGCACAUCCGUGGUUCUAAUUGACAGUGCAGGAGCAGGUGAUAUUAUAUCGAUAGCUGGGAUGACAAAACCAUCAAUAGGCCAUACAGUGGCAAAUACAGAGGUUAUGACUGCAUUACCCACCAUUGAGUUGGACCCCCCAACCAUUUCCAUGACUUUUGGUGUAAAUGAUUCUCCAUUGGCUGGUCGCGAUGGUAGCCAUCUGACAGGAGGAAAAAUUGGUGAUCGGUUAAUGGCUGAAGCUGAAACAAACCUUGCCAUAAAUGUACUUCCAGGCUUGGCAGAAACUUAUGAGGUUCAGGGAAGGGGUGAACUUCAACUUGGUAUAUUAAUUGAGAAUAUGAGACGUGAAGGAUUUGAGCUUUCUGUCUCACCACCAAAAGUUAUGUAUAAAACCGAAAAUAAUGUGAAGCUUGAGCCAAUUGAAGAAGUGACUAUUGAGAUUAAUGAAGAACAUGUGGGGUUGAUUAUGGAAGCUCUCUCUCAUAGACGAGCUGAAGUUGUCGACAUGGGUCCAGUCCCUGGAAAUGAUGGCAGAACCAAAUUAUCUUUGACUUGUCCUUCGAGGGGCCUUGUUGGUUACAGAAGUGUGUUCAGCAGUGACACUCGAGGAACUGGAUUUAUGCAUCGUGCUUUCCUAAAGUAUGAAAAAUAUCGAGGGCCUCUUGGAAAUGUUAGAAAAGGAGUGUUGAUAUCAAUGGGCUAUGGUACAAUCACAGCUCAUGCAUUAAUGAGUUUAGAAGCUCGUGGAAUUCUUUUCGUGCCUCCUGGAGUGGAGACAUAUGAUGGCAUGAUUAUUGGUGAACAUUCACGGGAUACGGAUCUCGAUGUCAACCCAGCGAGGGCCAAGGAACUUAAUAAUAUCCGGGCUGCUGGCAAGGACGAGAAUGUGAAGCUAUCUCCUCCUCGCCUUAUGACACUGGAAGAGGCUAUAGGGUAUGUAGCUUCUGAUGAGCUUAUUGAGGUUACACCCAAGGCCAUUCGGUUGAGAAAGAAAUACCUGGACGUUAACAAGCGUAAAGCCAUGAGCAAAAGGCCGAAGGAAUAAGCCUUUGUCCUUACAAUUUUGUAUUCUAUAAAAUUGUUGUACCAGAGGAUUUAUCCUUGAUACAAUUUGUUGAACUCACUAAGUUAUUAUACCAUAAUUACAGGUUCGC